AUUAAGUAUAACUUAAACCGGCGGUGCAGGUCUUGUGAGUGUUUACAGUAUCCCUCAUGUACGGACUCCAUCAAACCGAGUAUGCAUGCAACUUUAAUGUAAUUUUGCUGUUAUUAAUGCUUCCGUGCAAUAACUUCUCUCUAGAUAUUUAUUUUUUUCAACCCUUUUAGGCCAUACAUUUUGCGAGUGAUUGGUAUAACAAGACUGAGAAACAACUCCAAUGUGCGGUGUAUCCUUCAUUAUAAACAUACUAAUGCAUUUCUGUUCACCGAUGGAAAAAUUAAACGUAUACCCGAACAUCACAGGAAGAGGUACACCGCAAUGUUCAUUCUAUGCAAUAUGACGGGGAGAGAUGCUCCGGAUACAGUUUCGUUAUAUUACGAGAAAUCAUUGCUACAUCUUCCUCAUGAAGUUACAGUGGUAAAAACUACUCAACAUUUUCCUAAGCUCAAGUUUAGUAUGUGUGUUUCACCGUUACAUUCAAUGUUCAAUGAUACGACACAACUAAUAGAAUGGAUUGAACUUAAUUGGCUUCUUGGAGUAGAAAGAUUUAUAUUUUAUAUAAACAGUAUUUCGCAAAAUGUAUCAAGUGUCCUAGAAUAUUACAAGCGCAAAGAAAUUGUACAAUUAAUAACUUGGAAUAUUCCAAAAUAUUUAGAGGAUGAUGUGCAUUAUUAUGGACAGCUUGCUGCACUUAAUGACUGCCUUUAUAGAAACAAGGGCAAAAGUAUAUAUCUAUCAUCCACCGACUUAGAUGAGUUUAUCAUUCCACAAAAACCGGAGCACUUCACGUGGUCCGAUAUGAUGGAUGAUCUUCCGCUAUAUAGCGUGUACAUUGUUCGAAGCUCGUUUUUUAGCUGCUCUAAACAACAAUUAUGUAAACAUAGAAUGACAAUUGAUUCGUACAACGUACGAGACAAUAUAAUUCUACGACGUCAUGUGAGAUCCAAGUACAUAGGCAAAACUAGCGAAUUAAUUGUAAUGGGUGUCCAUUAUGCAUGGGAGAUUCAAAAUGGUGGUGAAUACACUUUUAAGCCAGAAGAAGCGUUAUUGCAUCACUACAGAAGGUUAAGUACAUUCUACACUUUACAGGAACCGAAGAAGGUACUGCAUUCUUGUGCAAGGAAAUACAGUGCUUAUCUUAAAAGAAAUAUAUUUAAAGUUAUUCUAGAAAUAUUUAAUAAAAGAACUAGUCAAUUGUGACUCUGACUGUCAUAUUUUAACAAUUUCCUUUAAAAUAUCUAAAAAUUAAAACAGUGUAGCAAUCUUAUAGGUUUUCUAGAAGAAACAUUGUUCAAAAAUUCUUAUUGAAUAUUUUGUGUUUUAUUUUUUAUUUUAUUUCAUCAUGUAAUUGUUUUGUUCUUUUCAUAUUUCUAUCCCACUAUUUACAGUUUUGUUAUCUUCAUUAUUUGAAUGUGCCCGCCGCUUCAAUGACAAAUAUUCAUUUCAAUUCAAAAUAGUUCGUUUAAGCUCUGAUCAAGCGAUAUGAAGUAUAAUGAUACUUUGUGAAAUGUUUUAAUGAAUUGGAUCAAUAUUAAAUGACAUGCUUAGUCAUUUCCAAAAUAAAACUAAAAUAAAUGAAUAUUAAAACCCUCUAUGUGGUUAAUUUUUUUUUUCAACAUAACACUCAAAUAAGAACAGAGGGUAUGUACUUUAUAUAAUGACU